AUGCAUACGUUCAACAGCUGGGAUAUUCCUGACCUUCACGGCCAGGUCAUUAUUGUCACUGGAGGCAAUGCGGGUCUAGGGUACGAAACCAUCCGCCAGCUCGGCAAGAACAACCCAGGUCGCAUCUAUCUCGCUGCUCGAUCUAGAACCAAAGCCGAACAAGCAAUGACCCAGCUUAAUCAAGAAAAUCCAGGACACACCGAGUCACGAUUCCUCCAAUUGGAUCUGGCUUCGUUUGAGAGCGUCAAAGAAGCUGCCGCAGACUUCCUUCGUCAAGAGACGCGCCUUGAUAUCCUCAUAAACAACGCUGGUAUAAUGAUGACUCCAGAAGAUGUCACCACGGACGGAUACGAACACCAAUUCGGCACAAAUGUGCUGGGUCCUGCCUUGUUCACCCAACUUCUGCUGCCCACUUUGCGCAAGACAGCAGAGGUCAACAGCCAAACUCACAUGGUUAUGCUCUCCUCGGCUGCACAGGCCAUGGCGCCCAGUGAUGUGUACAACUUCGAUGAGCUUCGUACGAACGCUGCCAACCGCCGCACUACUCAGCGCUACACCAUGUCCAAGCUCGCCAAUCUCCAUUAUGCUAGAGCGUUGGCUGAGAGGGAAACAAAGGUGAAGAUUAUCUCGGUUCAUCGCGGGAUGGUGGCAACUAAUCUCCAUCAUUCGUCCACUGGCAUCUUCCCUAAACCGUUCCUCCACGCUGCGGUUCACUUUGCUGCAACACCGGUAGAAAAAGGGGCGCUCUCUCAAGUCUUUGCGGCCGUCAGCCCAGAAGCAAAGCACGGGCAGUACUACGGCCCUAUAGGCAAGACCGAAAAUGGAUCCAAAUUGAGCCGCGACCAUUAUCUCCAGGAGCGAUUGUUCAGGUGGAUUCAGGCCGAGCUUUCAACUCGUGUGGGAACAACGAUGUGA